UUCUGUAAACAACGCACCCAACCGCUUUAUAUUAUUCAUUCAUCUUUCUCUCCUCUCCGGAAACUCAACAAAUUUUCCUCCCUCUCUCUCUCUCUCUCUCUCUCUCUCUCAGAAUCCGUUCGUCUUCGCCGAGCCACCCUCUCGUCGACUUCAGAGGUUUUGGUGUGCUGAGGGUGUAUCGUUGUUGCUUACUUGUCUCGAGUUCGAACUUGAGAUGAACAAUAUUAGUACCCCAGUUCAGGAUUGAUGAUAUGACUGCAUCAGCAGGGACUUUUUGGUCUAUUGGACUUCUGAAGAAUCAAUCUCGAUUGACACCCUGUUUUUUUCCCUUGAGGAUUUGUUGGCACAAUCUGCUGCCAUGUUUUGAGAGACUAGACUCUAAAGUCAGCUUAGUGUUGCGAGAGCACAAUAUAUGGUACUAACUACUGAGAUUCCAUUUUUAACUUGCUCCCUUAACGUUGAAUUGGGAUCAACAUGAAGAACUGGAUCCAUUCACCUGAAGUGAUGGAGGCCAUACUGAGAUGGAAAAAUCCGUAGCUUUGAUGAUGAUCAUGAUAUGAUUCUUAGAUUGACCAUGCUUGAAAUGUUUAGUGAUGGAAAAUAAUAAAGUUAACUGCAAUCUAGUGAGGCCUUUGAUGUGAACUUGUUUUUCUGUUGUGUCCACAUUGUGCCUACUAUGAUGAUGGAGAGGGUAGUUCUAGUCCCAUGGGCAAUUCCAUUGACUCUAAACAUUAUGGUGGUCAAUUCAUUCGUUCAUUGUACUGGUACGUGGAGUUAUCUUUUGGAUGAUUCAGUAUGUUGGUGUUCCGUAGAGGGGUGUGGUGGGAUAUAGUGGUAAUUGUCUACUUAGGUGGUGUCAAUGAAUGGCGUGCAUUCUGACAUGCUUUUGGUCCUUCGAUACAUAUCAUCAGUGGAGGAUCUUAUGCAUUUGGAUUCAUAUUAUAUGGCCUUUUAGGCAGAACAAGCUUCUUUGCAAGAUGAUGGCACUGAACUUUGCAUUUUGGGUGGCAAUUUUUACGGGUUGAUGCUUGAUUAGCAAGUGGGAUUUUGGACCUAGUGACCGUUAUCAUUACUCAUACUGUGGUUUAUUAUGUGCGAGUAAAGGACAAUCAUAAACUUGAGGUACAUUGUAUGCCAGAGAAGACUGAGCAUGGAUCCCUAAGAUUGGUGUAGGCUGUCAGGAGAGAGAGGGAGAGAAGUGGGGUGUUCUGAGUUGUGAGUCUGCUUGUAAUUGUCAUUCCUUACAUGGGAGACAGUGGGCUGGUUGCUCAUUGAUUGGUGGUUUCCUCAAUUUGGUGUAGGUUAUCCCUUAUCAGGAUAGAUUGCCACCCUUGACUCUUGCACAGCUUCUUUCCUUUCUGUGCUGUAACUAAAGAUCAAUUUCAGAUUCGAGAUUUAUGAGAAUAUCCUGCUUGCUUUUAGCAUGUCUUCUUGCUGACAUGUCUCUCUGGAUGGAGAGAGUUUUGCAAAUACAUGAUGCUUCUUUCUUCGAAGCUCUGCCAUCUCAUCUUUUAGGGUGCAAGUAUACCUCUGUAUGUGUAUUCCAUAGCUUCAAUUGCAAACUGUCUCAAGAUGUAAGAUAAAGCCAACAUCAUUUAAGUCCCUCAGAGGAAGAUUAUCUCCCCUUUGAACAUGGGUUUUUGUAAGUGUAGAAAUUAUUAGAAGCCUGAAGGUUUAAGCAAUACAUUUACUUUUUUGGUUAUACUAACCUGAUCCUGUGGCUUGACAGUUUUCAGAAUUUGUAUCUAGGUGUUACUUUCUGUUAUCACUGACUUAUGAUAGAAAGGUACUCCCAGUAACAGGAUUCAGCCAAGUGGCACACAUUUCAUUGUAAUUGUAAUCUUUUCUUUGGUAAUACAUUGCAGUUUUCUCAGUAAUCUCAUCAGAACGCUUAAGACAAUCUGGUACUUUUCAAUCUCAUUUCAGCCAUUGCAUAUAAUGCCUCAGAUCUUCAAAUUGGAACUCCUCUGUUUCUGAAACUGCAAUCUUUCCUUUUAUCUGAAGGGCGGGUAUCGAUAGUUUUCUAAAGUUUUUGGGUAAAGUGAAGGGUAAUUCAAUCAUGCUAUGUCGGACAGUUCUCAUCUAUUUUUAUUAAGUUCUACGAAUUUUUGUUUUACAUCUUUGUAUUGUAAUUCUAUUGCUUUUAAACAUAUCUUUAGUGCUAAAAGUUCAGAACCACACAAUUUUUUUUCAGGAUUUGGAGGCUAGGGGAACAUCUGGUAGUAGUUUUUCUUUUCUUAGACUUCAUUUUAAUUUUAAUCCUAUAGGUGAUGUUUAAAUGUCAAGCAAAUGUUAGUGUAGACUGAUAUGAUGCAAUAUUGGGAUUGUUACACCUGCUACCCUGAUGGUGUGAUUAAAAUUUUAAACCCAGGUAAUGCAAUAAUGAGUGGCCCUGUAUCCGUCAUUUUACUUCUCACUUUCAGCUAACUGUUAUGUCUUUUACACUUACAAUUCAAUUUUAUCACUCAGAAAACAAAACGGCUCUCUCUAUUACCUUUGAAAGGCCAUCUUAUUGCAGAUGAAUGCGAGAGUCGAGGGAGAGGUUGAUAUAGGGUGCUAGUGGUUGUUCUACAUACUUUUCCCCAGCUUUGCAAUGCAAUUAGGUUUUGACAGAUCCUUUGGAAAUCUGACUUUUACUUCGCUUCCCGGCCUUGAAUAGAAUGGAGAUUUGGUGGAUCAGACUAUGAAAGCAUGUCGUAGGCAGGAUUCUCUUGGUCGAGUUAGUAUUUGGUGAUGUGUCAUGAAAUUAUCAAUGUCUGACUUUGGUUGAUGUUAUGCAUUCUCCUUUUAUGGUAGAGGCUUUUGUUGUUCCAAUCUGUAUCCAUGCGUCUUAUAAUCCUGGUAUUAUUUUUGUUCUACACACACACACACUAUAUGCUUAUUUCUAAAAUAAUAAUAAAUAUUGUUUAGAAUUUAUCAAAACCUUACAGCAGUCACUGUGGUAUAAAAGAACUGUAGCAGAAUAACAAGAACUGUAGAGCACUGUCUCCCUUUUGUUUCUGUGGAAUUAAGCGUAUAUGCAGUCUGCUUUUCAAUGUUUGACAUGUCUUUCCCUUUUUGUGCAGGUUGUGAUUUUAUUGGGUAGAUUCUGUUCCAGUGUGUGACUUGUUUGUAGUUUGAAGGUGACUAAAGUUAUGGGGCACAGACAUCCGUUCAGCGCAUCUCAAAUUUUUGAGAGUGAAAAUGAUCCGAAUUGGAACCAUAUGAACACAGAACACCCAUUUGGACAUCUGGCUAGGGCUGGGGCGGGAGAGAAUGGUUCUUUGUUUUAUCCAGUGGAAAAUAUGUUCAAUGAUGGAAUGCAUUUUCCUUCGAAUUGGAACCCGCCUAUGAGGUCAUAUGGGUAUUCUCCCUUGAGCCACAGUGUUGAUAUGCCACCUCAAUAUCAACCCGAUGCUUCUGGUCCAUCUCAUGAUCCUUUUCAACAUCCACCAAGUGCUAGUACUUUUGGUAUGGCCAGUGGAAACUAUGCUCACCAUCCAUCUUCGUCCAGCUAUGACCGUCCAGCAUUCCAUGGUGUUGAGGGUGGUUUUGUUGAUCUCACAAUGAGCAAUGGAAGAGGGCCACACAAGCGAAAAAGUCCUGGGAUCCCUUCUGUAGCGGAGAGAGGCAGCACGAGCAGAUACUACGGCGCUGGAAGUUCCUCUGACCUCUCUAGAUCUACAGAAUUACAGCAGGAGAAAGUAAACAUAGAUACCCCACACAUGCCGUGGGAUCACAUGACUAUGAUUCACCCCAGCUAUAGAGGAAAUGACCCUACAAGUAGGGGUGAGGGAUCUAUGAGAAAUGUGAGAAGCCGGUCAGAACAUGAUUUGGAGUCCAACCUAGCAAGGACACAUCUAUCGAACAAUCCUAUACAUAGUUCGUAUUCUGCAAAUUUCCCUGUUGACCACCCUAGUACGAUUGAUCUUUCGGGUCAGAGUUCCAAUGUUUUAGCCCCUGAAUGGAACCAUAUUAGCGUAUCGCCUCCUCAUGGAAGGAUUUUACCUUCAGAUACAAGUGGUUUUAGUCAUGAUCCCAACCACUUCCUUGUAGGCAGCAGUAUGGUUAAUGCUUCUGCCGAAGCUGGUGUAUACCACCAUGAUUUCAUUCCAACCAGGAGUGCUGCUGUUCCUCCAAGUUAUCCUGGUGCCUUACCCCAUACUGUAAGGGGAGUUCGCAGCAACUAUUCUCAAAGAUCUAGCCCAACCUUCAGGGCUUCUUCAAGCAGCAUGAGGUUUGGGCCUGUGACACAUCCAGAUGAAGGAUUGCAGUUGGUAUCUGAGAGUUACCCAAGACAUCCUAGGCCAGUGGCUACAGUUGGGUGGCGUAACAGCGACAGGAAUGGUAGAUCAAGGAUGUCUAAUGAUAGAUAUCGAGUUUCUGAAGAGACUAGUCUCCAUGAUCGGUUUUCAUCUGAGGGUUUUAUGAUUGCUGAUCGGCCAGCUUUCUAUGGUUCCAGAAGUAUGCUUGAUCAUCAUAGAGACUUGAGACUAGACAUAGACAACAUGAGUUACGAGGAACUCCUUGCAUUGGGGGAAAGGAUUGGGCAUGUCAACACAGGUGUAUCUGAAGAUCUAAUACCGAAGUGUUUGACAGAAACAAUAUAUUGUUCUUCAGACCUAAACCAGGAGGAAGGCACAUGUGUAAUCUGCCUGGAAGAGUACGAGGAUAGGGAUGAUGUUGCAGCACUGAAAACGUGCGGCCAUGAUUACCAUGUGACUUGCAUCAAAAAGUGGUUGUCAAUGAAAAAUUCUUGUCCAAUCUGCAAAGGUUCUGCCCUUGCCGAUAAUACUAAGGGGAAAUAAAUUGUGCUUCACUUUAUGGCAUUCUUGUAUAUAUGUUUAGGGAUAAUCCUCCAAUGGAGGAAAGGACUUGCUUUAUGAAGUUGUAAAGGGAAUGCUGGCCAGUUUCAGUCCAUUUGUUUCAGGCUUCCACUUCAAUAUUGUGAAGCCUUUUUGGAGUCCCAUAUUUUUGUAUGGGUCAUUAAUGCAAAAGAAGAUGUGAUUUAUGAUA